AAGAACUUGUCUAUAUUAAUAAUAUCACUUUUGAAGAAGAAAAAUCUGAUUUGUCCAAUAGUAUUGAAGAUAAAAAAAAUGAUUCUGUUAUGUUGUCACUACAAGAAUUUUUAUCAGAUAGCAGUUUUA